GGCGCGGCGGAGCGUCCCUCGUGCGCAGGCGCAGGCGCGGCCUCCGGCGCGGUGCCCAUGGAGCCGGCGGGGCCCGCGGAGCCGGCGCCCGGCGCGGCCGAGGCCGACCACUGGGCGUGGCUGCUCGUGCUCAGCUUCGUGUUCGGCUGCAACGUGCUCAGGAUCCUCCUGCCGUCCUUCUCCUCCUUGAUGUCCCGGGUGCUGCAGAAGGCUGCCGAGCAGGAGUCCCAGAUGCGAGCCGAGAUCCAGGCCAUGAAGCAGGAGCUGGCCACGGUCAACAUGAUGGACGAGUUCGCCAGAUACGCGCGACUGGAGCGGAAAAUCAACAAGAUGACGGACAAGCUCAAGACGCAUGUGAAAGCGCGCACAGCUCAGUUGGCCAAGAUCAAAUGGGUCGUCAGCGUCACUUUCUACGUGUUGCAGGCUGCCCUGAUGGUCUCGCUCAUCUGGAAGUACUACUCUGUGCCCGUGGCCGUGGUGCCCAGUAAGUGGAUCACCCCCCUGGACCGCCUGGUGGCGUUUCCCACCCGAGUGGCAGGUGGUGUUGGGAUCACCUGCUGGAUCUUGGUGUGCAACAAGGUCGUGGCCAUCGUGCUCCACCCCUUCAGCUGACCAGGACAGCGGCCGCGCCCACGUCUUUGAAAAUGGAAUCACUGUUUGGCUGAACACGUGACUUUUGUU